GGCCCAGAGCUAGUCCGAUGUCGGGGAAGGAGGGGUCAUUGGUGACUCGAAAUUUUGGCAGAUGCAGUCGUACUUCGCUAUGUAUUGCGGGGUUCAGUAUUAGCAAUCAUCACUACAGCGUUGGUCGUCACUUGCCUGCCACGAAUUACCACUGGAGAAACGACCAUCACAACCUUACGAGUGCGGUAUCAUUCCACUAAGGGAUACAUUGUGGAGCACUGAAAGUAUCUAAAUCUGUUCACUCCGUGCCUAAUUCGGCAACUGCAUAGUCACUCACCACAAACUGCGACUUUGUGAUCAGCCAAAAUGCCUACAAGAUCAGAAAUCACAUACUUUGGUGCUGGCCCGGCGGCCAUGCCCACCGACAUACUGGAAAAGGCUGCUCAGGCUCUGGUCGACUACGAGGGCACCGGCUUGGGCAUCGCAGAGCACUCUCAUCGCUCAGCGCUUGCCGCCAAGAUCAUCGAAGAAACCAAGGCCGAUUUGUCUACAUACCUUGACAUCCCCGACGACUAUGAAAUCAUCUUCAUGCAGGGUGGUGGCAGCGGCGAGUUCUCAGCCACCGUGUACAACCUUGUCGGAGCGUGGGUGACAAGGAAGCAGCAGGCUGGUGCCGAUGAAGAGGCUCUUAGGAAGCUGGUGGCCGAGGAGCUGAAGGUCGAUUAUUUGGUGACGGGAAGUUGGUCUUUGAAGGCCUACCAAGAGGCCUGCCGACUGCUGGGUUCCGAACAUGUCAACCUGGCAACCGACGCCCGAACCAUCAACGAGGGAAAGUUUGGGAAAAUCCCCGGGGAGAGCACGUGGAAGCUGUCCAAGAACCCGGCCAUGGUCUACUACUGUGACAAUGAGACCGUAGAUGGCGUCGAGUUCCCCAAGUUCCCCGAUGUGCUGGCGCCCGCCGCCGACGGGAGCGGCCCCAUUGUCAUUGCAGACAUGUCCUCCAACAUCCUCUCCAGAAAGGUGCCUGUCAAGAACUACUCGGCCAUCUUCUUCGGGGCUCAGAAGAACCUCGGUGUGACGGGUAUCACGGUCGCCGUCGUCAAGAAGACUCUGCUGCCACCCUCCUGUCCUCAGCCUGCGCCGGCAUUGUUGAGGCAGCUCGGGUUGCCAAUUGGACCCAUUGUCCUGUCUUAUGAGACCAUCGCCAAGAAUAACAGUUUGUACAACACGCUUAGCAUCUUCGAUGUCUACGUCGCUGGCCAAGUUCUCAAGAAACUUCUCGCAACGUAUCCGGACAGGGUCGAUGGCCAACAAGCCGUGGCGGACAAGAAAGCAGCCUUGAUAUAUGGCGCACUCGAGAAGAGGCCUGAUGUCUACAGAAUCGUCCCUGACAAGACCGUACGGUCAAGGAUGAACAUCUGUUUCCGUGUAACUGGAGACGACACUGAUGCUUCUGAAAAGUCAUUCUUAGAUGCGUCAAAGAAGCUUGGUCUUGAGGGUCUGAAAGGCCAUAGAAGCGUUGGCGGCAUUCGUGUUAGCAACUACAACUCUAUACCGCUCGAGGGAGCCGAAAGACUAGUGAAGUUCCUCGAUGAGUUUGGCAAGGCAUAAGCAGAGAUAUAUCAGACAGGUCUACUAAGUGGUCGUUGCCAGAGUAUUUCAAUAAAAAAGUAAAUGGAAAAUUUGGAUUAAAGACUGAAGGGCAUUAAAAAGGGGCGAUGGCCACACUGUAUAGGUAGGCUUUCAGUAUUCAUGGGUGAAGGAUUGGGUCUAGGGUGCACUAAAAUACUGACACUGUGGCGGGGGUUCCAUUUGCAUUUGCUCGUCGGUUGGGUGGUUCCGUCUUUUUUUCUGGCUCGUGGUAGAUUAUGUUACAUGAGUAGAAUCUGCAUGUUUUGACCCAUUUGUUAC